AUGGCGUCAGAUCCUACAGAUCUAAUGGAAGUGUCGUUAGAACCAGUUGGUCUAGUGUCGAUAGAAGACCCAGUAUCUUUAGAUGGUUCUGCUGUAAUAUAUAUAGACAAUCAAAUGGCAGUAGAUCAAACGGAACCCAUGAUAGUGUCACAAGAAGAUAUCGACAAUUCAAUAUUGGCACAAGAUAUCGACAAUUCAAUAUUGGCACAAGAUCAACUUAAAUCAGAGUUACUGGAAGAUCAAGUCACAAUGAAACUGGAUGAUCCAGCUACCACGUCAACACUGGAAGGUCUAGUCACGGAAGCACCAAUAGAAGAUCUAGAAAAAGAGUUGAAUUCUGUACGAGAGGAAUAUGUCCGUCUUCAGGAUCACCUUGCCGAUAUAGAAUUAAAAUAUCAAUCAGCGUUAGCCAACGAGAAGGAAGGAAGAGGCAGUCAGUUUUCCACGGAGUUACAGACUGUCGUAGCAAAUCUUUUCAACUGUGAGAAAUACAGUGAUGUUCAAGUGUUAUUAGAAGAUGAUAAAAUAUUUUAUGGUCACAAGUUAAUUUUAGCAGCUCGUAGUUUAUAUUGGGGUGUAACAGACCUGUCUCUAGCCCCUUCCAUUGAUUUUAAACAUGUAAAUAACGAUGUUGCUAUGGCAGUAUUAAAAUGGAUUUAUACAGAUGAUAUUGAUAUAGAAAAUGUUUCAGUUGAUUUUCUCAUGGAAUUACUCAAAGUUUCUUCUAAAUAUCAUUUAGAGACCUUGUUUACUAGGAGUCAGAAGAUAUUAAUUACCAGAAUAACAACAGAAAACAGUCAAAAAUUAUAUCGUCUAGCUAACGAACUUCCUUCAACUACUCUUAAAAACCAUUGUCUUGAAUACAUGACUCGAGGCAAGGAUGGUGUGGUCAUUGUGACUGAUGAUCUUAGUGGAAACAGUCCUAUAAAAACUUCCUCUACCGACCAGUUACACUGUGAUGUCUGUAGUAAAUCAUUUACAACACCAGCCAAGUUAAAACGUCAUCUAUUAACUCAUACUGGAGAGAAAAGGUUUAAAUGUCCAGUAUGUGGGAAAGGUGUGAUGGAAAAAACAACAUUAAAGAAACAUCUACGAUCACAACAUCCUAAUGAAGAUUUAGAGGUAGAGUAUUCUUGUUCAAUUUGCUGUCGACCUUUCACUGAUGAAGAUGAACUUCAAAAACAUAAAAACUUGCACUUGUUAGACCCCAUCGACCAUGUCUGUAAAUUCUGUUUCGUUAAAUUUCCAUCCCAUAGUCAACUUCAACGUCACAUGAUUGUUCAUACCAACAAAAAACCGUUUGGUUGUGAUGAAUGUAUGAAAAAAUUCACCUCAAAAUACUCACUGGAUGAUCAUACUCGUAAAUUUCAUCCAGACCUAGCGAAGACUCUUCCACCCAGACGGCAGAAUUCUAAAACUGGUUUAGACAAGUUGAAAUGUGAUUUAUGUGACUUGAUGUUCCGAUAUGAAAAACGUCUGGUUGUUCACAGACGAACUCAUACUGGAGAGAAACCAUUACAAUGUGAUGUGUGUAAUAAAUGUUUUACUGGUAAAAAUAGUUUAAAUUAUCAUCUUAAAACUCAUCAGGAGAGAACUAAGAAAUGUGAUGUUUGUGGGAAAUGUUUUUAUUUAGAAUAUCAACUGAAACUUCAUCAACGAAUUCAUACAGGAGUUAAACCAUUUCAGUGUCAACUAUGUGAACGUACGUUUAGAUUUCGUGAGAGUUUAGUUGUCCACAUGCGUAUUCAUCGAAACGAAAAACCUUUUGUUUGUGAAGUUUGUGGUAACUCUUAUAGAACACAAUGGCUAAUUAAACGUCACAAACGAACUCAUACUGGAGAAAAACCUUAUGUUUGUGAAAUAUGUAAAAAAGGUUUUACGAGUUCAUCUAUUUUAAAACGACAUAAACUCAAUGUUCAUAAAACAUCUGACGCCAGUGUUAAUACUUCUCAUAUUAUUUCUAACCAAUCAGGUGGGGAGUUCUCGAGUUUAAAUAUUUCUACAGAUCAGUCAGUCACAGAAUACACUAAUGUACAAAUACAAGACCUGGAUUUCCAUUCAGCGGAAAUUAAUCCUGACGUAGAAGAAAGUAUAGUUGAAAUACCGUACGGAGAUCAACCAGUUGAAAUAGUAAAAAGUGAAAACGAUGAGGUGUCUGAUGAAAGUGGGCGGUUAUCUGUAUCAUGUGACAGUUCUAUAACAGAAGAUCAACUUACGAGUCUGGAGAAAGGAGAAUCUCCAAGUUCAGAAAAAUUAGCAAAGAAUCAAGUCAAAUGUGACGUCUGCAGUAAAAGUUUUUACUCACUGCGGCAACUUAAAAAACAUGUGAACACUAUACAUAAAGUUAAAUUUGAGUGUAAGACUUGUCAUACAUUGUUUGAUACAGAACGGAAAUUAAAUCUACAUCAAGUCAGUCACGAGAAGGAGAUUAUCUGUGAUGAAUGUGAGAAAGAGUUCGACACGGAACAAAAAUUACGACGUCAUAUUUUGUUUCAUCAUAAAAACGAUUUUUCGUGUAAUUUUUGUAAUGUAGUGUUCGAUACUCAUCAAAAAUUACGUGAACACUACGUCACCCACAAAGACAAAGUUCCAUUCAAAUGUCACUUGUGUAUUAAAAUAUUUUCAAUGGAAGACGACUUUAAAAAUCAUUUAGAAAAUGUCCAUAAGGUGGAAAAACCAGAAUAUUUCUGUUCUAUUUGUAAUAAACCUUGUGAUGAUGAAGUGAAAUUGAAAGAUCAUGAAAAACUACACGAUACAGAUGAGUCGGAUCAUAUAUGUAAAUAUUGUGGACGCGAUUGUCAAAAUCAUAGUAAAUUUCUAAAACAUAUGUUAACUCAUUUAGGUAUCCAGCCAUUUCCUUGUCGUCAUUGCUCUAAAUCUUUUGGUACAGACAGCUCUUUAGAACGUCACAAUAGAAGCUAUCAUGCCAAACUGGAAGGCUUGGAACCCACAUCAAGCAAACGAAAACCAAAACAACCAUUAAAAUGCUCAUACUGUGAGGAAACUUUCACGGCUCCAAAAGUGCUUCAAGAACACGAACGAAAACAUACUGGAGAGAAACCGUUUGAAUGUGACGUUUGUAAACAAACAUUCCGAUUGGUCGAUUCCUACAGAUCUCAUAUUAAAAUUCAUAAAGGAAAACCUCACAUGUGUGAUAUCUGCGGGGAUUGUUUCGUUCUGAAAGGUCAACUGACUCGUCAUCGUAGAAAACAUACUGGAGAAACACCGUUUAAAUGUGAACUUUGUCCCCGUGAAUUUAAAUAUUAUAAUAGUAUUAAAAUACACAUGUCAUCUCACACGGGACAUAAACCAUUAGUCUGUGAAACUUGUGGCAAAGGUAGUUUUACACAAUCAGAUUUUAAACGUCAUCUUAAAGUUCACACCAACGAACGACCAUUUACUUGUGAUAUCUGUCAUAAAAAAUUUAAAAGUACAAACUGCGUGACACGUCACAAACGUUUAACUCAUAAUAAGAUAGUGAAAGGGGAAAAAACAGACGAUUUUGAAAAUGGUGGCCAAAUUAUACACCUAGCAGACGACAUGAAUUCUAAUUCCCUAGUUACCACACUGCAGGUUUCUAACGAAGAUCCGACUAUACCCCACACGAUCUACGUGUUUCAUGAGAAAAAAUGUGAGAUGGAGUUAAAUCCGCCAAAAUACGGCAAAAAACCUUUCCAAUGUGAAACAUGUCAGAAAGUUUUAAGUUGUUUUCAAAAAUACAAACGCCAUAAACUGGUUCAUUCUAAAGAAAAACCGUUUAAAUGUUCUGAAUGUGGUAAAGGACUGGCUGAUAAUUCUAGUUUGAUUUAUCAUAAAAGAACUUAUCAUUCCCACGACAGCACGAAGGAAGUCCCGACUGAUUAUGUAUGUCAGGUGUGUGAUUUUAAAACUUCACGUAAAUUAGAUUAUUGUAAACACUUAAAAAAAUCUCAUCCAGACCUGGCAGCCAAUUUACCAAAUCAGAAGAAAUCUGGUUCAGAACAACACAGAGAAACUUGUAGCGUCUGUAGUUUGACUUUUGGAAACAAACGUAAGUUAGAAACCCACAUGAGAAUUCAUACUGGAGAAAAACCUUUUUCAUGUGAUAGAUGUGGUCAAAAUUUCCGUCGUGAAGAUUCGUUUAAAUAUCAUCUAUUGACUCACGGAGAGAAACAACAUCAAUGUGAG